CCACAAAAUGACUUAGAUGUUUUUAAAUCUAAGAAUGUUAAACUGAUUUAAUGGUGAUUUUUAUCGCCAUCUGUUCUCUAAAUAGGGCCAAUAGACGUAUUAGAAAAAAUCUGAACAUUAAAAUAUUAGAAAUAAACAACCUGUUAGAGUGACAAAUUAAUUAUACCAGAUAUGCAAUUAGUGAGGUGCACAAAAUCACAGAUGAUCCCUGGCUAUUUUUCUGCUGCUUUUGAUCCAUCCUGUUCUUCUGAUAACGACCCAGGUUCCUUAACUUCUCAGUUCAACGAGCACUGCCUCUCUAUUCUGGACAACAUCUGUCCUGUCAGAACCAGAUCAGUUCCGGCAGUGAACCCUACUCCCUGGUUUAAUGACAGCCUUCGCAGCCUAAAGCGCCAAUGCAGAAAAACUGAGCGUUUGUGGAAGAAAACCCAUCUCCACGUCCAUCUGCUGCACCUAAAGGAUCUUCUGACAUCCUUUAACUCUGCAGUCAGAGACGCUAGGGUUUCCUAUUUCUCCAACCUGGUGUCCCAGAGCAAAGGGAACCCCAAGGUGCUGUUUAACACCGUCAGCAGCAUCGUCUCUCCUGCCACUCCUACAGCCUCCAUCCACUCUGUUGCAGACUGUGAGAACUUUCUGUCUUUCUUUGUGGACAAAGUCAAUAAGGUUAGAUCUAGCAUCUCUCCUUCAGCCUUAUCGCUGCCUCUCCCAACUCCAACUAGGCCCAUCAUCCUGGAUAGCUUUGCUCCUGUUUCUUUGCCUGAGUUAACCAAACUAGUUGACUCUAUGAGGACCUCUGCAUGCCCCCUCGACAUCUUACCCUCAUCUUUGUUUAAAAGUGCUUUUCAGUCCAUCGGUCCCAGCGUGCUCUCUAUAAUUAAUGCUUCUCUGGUUUCUGGUCAGGUCCCUGCUUACUUUAAGAAUGCUGUAAUCCACCCGCUUCUUAAAAAACUGAGUCUUGAUGCCUCUCUCCAUAGCAGCUUCAGACCCAUCUCUAAACUUCCGUUCAUCUCCAAGAUCUUGGAAAAGGUUGUGGCUAAACAAUUCACAGCUGCUCUUGAUGAACAUAACAUCUAUGAUAGCUUCCAGUCAGGUUUUCGUAGAGCUCAUUCUACUGAAACAGCUCUUCUUAGGGUCUCUAAUGACCUUCUGACUCACAGUGAUGCAGGGGACUGUUCUGUUCUGGUCCUGCUGGACCUGACUGCAGCCUUUGACACUGUUGACCAUCACCUGCUACUGGAGAGGCACAUCCUGAGCUCCUUCAAAGGAAUCUCCUACCAUCUUUAUGCAGAUGACAUCCAACUGUACAUCUCCUUUAAGCCCCAUGAGAUGUCUAAGCUGCAGCUGUUACACACCUGCUUAGACUCUAUCAAAACCUGGAUGGCUGGGAGCUUUCUUCAGCUGAAUGAAGAUAAGACUGAGAUCCGCAUCUGUGCCCCAGACAAGCUGGUUCUCAAAGUCAGAGACUCUCUUGGUCAACUUGCUUCUCACACCAAACCUUCCGUCAGGAAUCUUGGCAUGACCUUUGACCCAGCUCUCACCCUGGAUUCUCAUGUCAGUUCUCUUGUUCGCUCUUCCUUCUUCCAUCUCAGGAACAUUAUUAAGAUGAGUCCCAUUCUGUCUCGCUCUGAACUUGAGACAGUUAUCCACACCUUCAUCUCCUCACGCUUAGACUACUGUAACUCUCUUUUCACGUGUCUGAGCAGAACCUCCCUGAACCAUCUGCAGGUGGUUCAGAAUGCCUGUGCUCGGCUUCUGACCAAGUCCUCCAAACACACCCACAUCACGCCGCUUCUCCUCCAGCCUCAUUGGCUGCCAGUCAACUUCAGGGCUCAUUUCAAGAUCCUGGUUCUGGUCUUUAGGGCCUUACAUGGACAAGCACCAUCUUACAUUGGUGAUCUUCUUAGUCCCUACACCUCCAGCAGGUCCCUGAGGUCCAGUGAUCAAAGCCUACUGGUUGUGUAGCACCAGGCUAAAGACCAAAGGUGACAGAUCAUUUGCUGCUGUGACCCCCAGACUCUGGAACUCUCUUCCCCUGAGCCUGAGAUCAGUGGUCUCCUUUAAAAAGCAGCUGAAGACUCACUUGUUCAAGCUGGCUUUUGUAUGACCUUCUUCACCACUCUCUCUUUAUUCUGCUCUCCCCACCUAUUCCAUCUUCCUCAGGAUCCACUGAUUUCCCUCUUUCCUAUUCACUCUCUGUCUUUCUUAAUUUUUUUUAAUCACAAUUGUCUAUUUUUUGCUCAUUUUAAAUAUAUUUCUAACCAUUUUCUAAAUUAUUUUUUAUAUUUUUACAUUUUUUGUUUUUGUGAAGCACCUCAUGAUUUCUAUCUUCAGAGGCGAUAUAGAAAUGAUUUCUUCUUCUUCUUCUUCUUCUUCUUCUGGUAGGUAGGUUUUAAUGUUGCAAAUCUGCAACACCUGCCUCCAGAGGGUUAACAAACUAUUUAACAGAUUUUAUAGAAACUCAAUUAUCUAUUUGAAACUGUUUCUGUGUGUGUUUAUAGAUCUACAUCUGUGGUGGAUUCAACGGACACGACUGCCUGCCGUCAACCACUGGACAUUAAUCCACCCUAUGAGCAGCCCGCACAGUGGUGUCUGAGUCAUCGCGUUUGCAGAUUGUGUUUAUGCAGUCGGCGGCUUUGACUGUACUGAACGUCUGCGCAGUGCUGAGGCCUACAAUCCGCAGACCAAUACUUGGGUGGCCGCGUCACCUGUGCUUACUCCAUGCAGCAGUUUUGGCCUGGAAGUGAUUGAAGACAAGGUCAUGAUGGAGGCUUCAAUGGCUUCUCCACCACUUUCAAUGCUGGGUUCUACGGUACUACAAUCAAUCGGUGGACUAAAAUCUGCAGCAUGAACAUGUUCCACAGCGCUUUGAGCUGCUGCGUGAUAUCUGGACUUACAAAUAUGAAGACUUAUGCUUACCCUCGAAAAGCUCUGCCUUUAGAAGAGGAAGAAGAGGAUGCGUCCUUGGGCAAGACCCUUAACCCACCUUGCCUGCUGGUGGCGCCUGUGUACGGCAGACUCGCCUCUGCCAGUGUAACCCGGGGCAGCUGUGGCUACAAUGUAGCUCAUCACCACCAGGGUGUGAAUGUGUGUGAAUGAGUGAAUGGCUGAUUGUGUUGUAAAGUGCCUUGGGGGUUCCAGGACUCUAGAAGGCGCUAUAUCAAUUAUAGGCCAUUUACCAUAUGGCUUGUUGGGAGUGGCUGAAUAUUUGAAUUUUAUUUGUGUUUUUGGAUUUCUAUACAAUAAUUCAAACACAUUUUAGAUUUUUAAAAUUUUACUUCACAGAGAAAUCCAGCAGUCACCAUGCAACAUGACUGCUGGUUUAAGCAUUGCUGGAAAGACGGACGGAUAAAGAAUUUACUCAAACUGCAUUACCAUAACCUUAAAUCUCCAAGGUGUCAAAGCGAACCCGCCAAUGCUUGGUCUCCAAGAACGAGGCUCUGCAGGUCCUCAGAAAGGACCUGGAGUAUCCCGUGUGUGAGGCCAGAAAACAAUAUUCUGGUGGCCUCCUUAAAGUAAUCUGGUUGGAUGCAGAUUCUGUGAAAUCGCAGUAACUAUGAUUUGAUGAGGCCUGCAUAUGUGUAUGUGCAUAUAUGUGUUUUGGAUGGUAACUGGAUUUGAAUAGAAGUGUGUGUGCGUUUGUAGGCUUCAAAUAGACUUUGAUAUCCAAUUUGUGUGUCGUCUGAAAUUGUGGGCCUUUAAAUGUUGUGGUGUCUAGGAAGUCAAUUUAAUGGGGACUGGUACUGGAUUUGAGUGUGAUUGAGGGGUGGUGUGAGUUUAGGGUCUGGAAGAACUGAUGGAAGUCCUCUCCUGAGUGAGUCCAAACCCCCACAGAUGCCAUCCAGGUACUUGUAAUAGUACAGGGGCUUUUGGGGGCAUUUGCUGAGAGCCUCUGUCUCCCACUGUGCCACGAAUGUUUGCACAUGCACGCACAGCGGAAGGGUUUCAUAUCCCUCUCGCCGUCUCCGAGGUGUCGAAGUGACCCCUGAACACAAAGAAAACCCAUCCACCAGUAUCCCUGGGGUCAAAUGUAGCUGGGUUAGGCAUAAAUUCAGUUACUAAAAGGAAUGGAAGGCAAUAUAAGUUCUAAAAUGGAUAGAAAUACAAAAUUUUGUGUGUGUGUGUGUGUGCGCGUGUACUUGUCUUUGUGGGUUUAAGUGGACAAAUUUAAAAAAUAACCUGUUUUGUGUGGAUGGACUUUUUCUGUCGGGUCCUGCUCGUGGGCUGAAGCCAAACAUUUGACCCCGGUACACUGGUGGAUGACAUUUCUCUGCGCGCACACACACACACACGCACACACACACGCACACACACACACACACACACACACACACACACACACACACACACACACACACACACACACACACACACACACACACA